AGCUAGCCAACACUCACCAGCAGUCCUCACACACGUGUGUGUCAGCGCUACAGGACUUACUUCCGGUUCAACAUGGCGGCAUCCAUGGCAUGUCAGGCGGCUGUGAGAGGACUCCGAUCGGCGAGCACUAAACAACUGCUUGUGAGCCGAAACCAGUUAGUGAGGGUAAGUCCCAGAAGAUGGCUGAACCUGCAAGAGUACCAGAGCAAGAAGCUGAUGCAGGACAGUGGCGUGACUGUACAGCACUUCUUUGUGGCUGACACUGCCUCUGAAGCCCUGGAGGCUGCCAAGAGACUCAAAGCAAAGGAGAUUGUCCUGAAAGCUCAGAUUUUAGCAGGAGGAAGAGGCAAAGGAGUGUUCGACAGUGGCCUGAAAGGAGGGGUGCAUUUAACAAAAGAUCCUGUUGUUGUUGGAGAGUUGGCCGGUAAGAUGCUCGGCUUCAAUCUGACCACCAAACAGACCCCUAAGGAAGGAGUGAAAGUAAAAACGGUGAUGGUUGCCGAAGCUCUGGAUAUCUCCAGGGAAACAUAUUUUGCCAUCCUGAUGGACCGUUCCUGUAAUGGACCCGUGAUGGUGGGCAGCCCUCAGGGUGGUGUGGACAUAGAGGAAGUGGCUGCCACCACACCAGAGCUCAUCUUCAAGGAAGUCAUAGAUAUCUUCGAGGGGGUCCGAGAUGACCAGGCGCUACGUAUGGCAGCUAAUUUGGGAUUCAAAGGACCGUUGGAAAGACAGGCUGCAGAUCAGAUUAAGCGACUCUAUGAUCUGUUCCUCAAAGUCGACGCCACUCAAGUCGAAGUCAAUCCACUCGGAGAAACACCUGAAGGACAAGUCGUGUGCUUUGAUGCUAAAAUCAACUUCGACGACAAUGCAGAGUUCAGACAGAAAGCUGUGUUUGCCAUGGAUGAUACCGCAGAGAGCGACCCCUUGGAGACCGAAGCAGCCAAAUAUGAUCUCAAGUACAUCGGACUGGAUGGAAACAUAGCCUGUUUUGUUAAUGGUGCUGGCCUUGCUAUGGCAACAUGUGACAUCAUCGACUUGCAUGGUGGAAAGCCUGCUAACUUCCUGGACCUGGGUGGAGGUGUAAAGGAGAACCAGGUGUACGUAGCCUUCAAGCUUCUCACUGCCGAUCCCAAGGUAGAGGCCAUCUUGGUAAACAUCUUCGGAGGAAUUGUUAACUGUGCCAUCAUUGCUAACGGCAUAACCAAGGCCUGCAGAGAACUGGAGCUCAAGGUUCCCCUGGUGGUCAGGCUCGAAGGAACCAAUGUUCAGGAGGCGAAGCGUAUUCUUUCUGAGAGUGGGCUGCCCAUCACCUCUGCCAGUGACCUCGAUGAUGCCGCCAAGAAAGCUGUUGCCGCCAUUGCCAAGAAAUAAAUGCAUAUAUGCAUACACACCAUUCUUAUACACCUCACCAACAGAGCUGAGGCAUGACAUAAACAGAGCCAUACACACUUCAUGCACACACACGCCUGAAAAGCUUCCUGCUGAACCACAGAGACAUACAGUACCAGCCUUGUCCAGUUUUUCCAGGGUCAAUAGUGUAUUUGAGACCCUCUUCACUGGUCCCAACUUCUCAAAGUCUUGGGAACGUGACUUUUCCUGGAGUUAGCAUUUGUGUUGUUCAAUAAAUAACGGCGUUAUAUUCAUUGCCUUACUUUAAGCCUUUUUUAUGGAAAGGUUCCUUUAUUGAUAAUUUUUUUUAAAUUAAACUUAAAUAGCUUAAUU